UCUGUUAUUUGAGUUCGUCUGUUAUGGCAACAUCAGAUACUAUAGAAAAUGGCGCUUGACAGUCCGCAACAUCCAGUGAUAGCGAUGAGCCCGGCUCCUCAUCAGGGCUGUAGCACUACUAUUAGAUCCUCGUUGUCUUACCAGAUUCUACUCUUCCUUAACCAAUGGUACUUUGGAUUAUUUUUUAUUCUUGAAAUAUUUAUCUUUAUAUUCAAAGGUGAAACACUACCCUAUGCUCCAGGAGUUUUGAGUCUUGAAGUGCUGCUGCUCUUCCUCUUGUUGAUCAUUGAGCAAUUCCGGAUUUUCUUUGGCAAAAAGGGUAACCUCACCGAACGCAUCAAUGGUGUAGCAAUGAGCAUCUUCUUGAGUCUACCUUCAUUGAGUGUAACACUUUAUCUCACUUUCUGGCAGUCCUAUGUCCUGCAGCUGGAAGUUAUUUUGACGGCAAUUGAAAUAACGUUUAUUGGUGCAGAAUUUAUUUUUGGACUUCUAUUCAUUAUUACAUUUGCAAGAGCUGCACCAUACUGAAUUCCAGCCAUAGAAACAGAACCUCUGUGAUGAGUAAAAUUACUUGUUUUACUCGAAUUUAUCAAUAUAGACCAUUCCGCCCAUGUGAUGAGUAAGAUUAUUUGGUAAAUUGGAAUUUAUCUAUGUAGAACAUUCCGUCCAUGUACAAAUUCCUUCAUUUCUUUCUCUGAGAUUAUAUAUUUUGUACCUCAUGUCAAUCAAUCAACUAAUGCCAACUAAUUCAUGUUGAUCUUUGAAGAUUAUUUUGACUAAUUGGAAAUUUGUGAGAAAUUCUUUUGAAAUGGAUAAAUAAUUUCUUACAAAGUCACAAAGCCAGAAAUUUUGUGGAAACCGGUCAGUUGAUUACACUGAUCCCCAAUAAUUGACUGGUGCUUUAUUUUAUUGACCCCAGAAGGGUGAAAAGCAAAGUUGAUGUUGGUAGGAUUUGAACUCAGACUAUAAAAAGCCAGAGCAAAUACUGUAAGGCAUUCUACCUGAUGCUCAACUGAAUCUGCCAGAAAGACAAGCUAACAACUAGUAUGUAUAAAAUAAUUGAAUGGCACAUCUAUCCUCGUUUACCAUAGGUAUUCAGUUCUAAAAACACCAUGUUAAAUGAAUGAGCGAUAAAUAGACAAUAGGACAUAUGGGGCAAAAUAAAUUUUCUUCUGAGGCUUCAAGUUGUCCUGAGCAUUGUUGGUGGUGCACUUUUGUGGUCCAAGCAGAAUUCUUGACUGAUUGCCAACCCAUGUUAUCAAAGACCAAUUUCUGAUAAGCAUAACGGUACAUAAUUGAGCAUACUGAGUUGUCCUGGAUCAGUGAUAAUUGAAUUUGAGAUAAACAAGGAUUGAUGUAUUAAUCUCUUUUAAAAACUAUGUAUUUUUAUUAUUCUUCAUUCUUUUUGUAUUUCAUAACACUGUAAAUAAAAUAUUGAAUUUUUAA